AUGGAAUUAGAAAAUAUUGUAGCCAACACUGUCUACUUGAAAGCGAGAGAGGGUGGUUCCGAUAGCAAUAAGGGCAAGAGUAAGAAGUGGCGGAAGAUCCUGCAGUUUCCUCACAUAUCGCAAUGUUUAGAUAUAAAGACGACAAUAGAUGUAAACUACGAGUACAUAGUCGACCAGCAGCCGAUCGGCAAGUUGCUGUUCCGUCAGUUCUGCGAGAAGAAUCGGCCCCACUACCACAAGUACAACAGCUUCCUAGAUGCAGUGGACAGGUACGAAGUGGAGGUGGAAGAGACGCGCGUGGCCCUCGCGGCCGAGGUCUUCGGCAGAUACCUCAAGACGGAAGACGGAGAGGCCGUCACCGACGUGGUGCCGCCGAACGUCGUCGACGAUGCGAGUGGAUUGCUUGAAGGUGGUUCAAGGGACAUAUUUAGCGAGUGCAUACGAUGCGUAAAGAGCUUCCUCGCGGAGACACCAUUCGCGGAGUUCGAGCGCUCUAUGUACUUCCACCGGUACCUGCAGUGGAAGUGGCUGGAGGCGCAACCCAUUACACAGAACACCUUUCGCAUGUACCGAGUGCUCGGCAAAGGGGGCUUCGGAGAGGUCUGCGCUUGUCAGGUCCGCGCAACGGGUAAAAUGUACGCUUGCAAGAAGCUAGAGAAGAAACGCAUAAAGAAGAGAAAAGGUGAGGCGAUGGUCCUCAUCGAGAAACAGAUUCUGCAGCGGAUCAACUCGCGUUUCGUGGUUAACCUCGCAUACGCCUACGAGACCAAGGACGCAUUGUGCUUGGUGCUCACCAUUAUGAACGGUGGCGAUCUAAAAUUCCACAUCUACAACAUGUGCGCGGGUGCCGAGACUGGCCUGGGCUUGGAACGGGCUAGGUUCUAUGCUGCCCAGGUCGCUUGUGGCUUGGAACAUUUGCAUAAGAUGGCUAUCGUUUAUAGAGACUGCAAACCAGAGAACAUUUUAUUAGACGACAUGGGCCACGUGCGAAUAUCCGAUCUUGGUCUGGCAGUUGAUGUACCCGAAGGGGGUAGUGUGCGGGGUCGUGUCGGCACUGUGGGGUACAUGGCACCUGAGGUGAUCGACAACGAGCGGUAUACAUACAGUCCAGACUGGUUCUCGUUCGGGUGUCUCGUGUACGAGAUGAUUGAGGGUAGGGCUCCAUUUAGGGCUCGGAAGGAGAAAGUGAAGAGAGAGGAAGUGGAUCGGAGGGUCAAACACGAACCUGAAAAGUACUCAAGCAAGUUCAGCGAUUGUGCCCGCUCGCUGUGCAACGCGCUCCUAGCCAAGAGUCCCGCCAGUCGUCUAGGGGGGAGCGCGGGGAAGCGGGGCGCGGCUCAAGUCAAGGCCCACCGCUUCUUCGUCCGGCUGAACUGGGCGCGGUUAGAAGCUGGCAUGGUGGAUGCGCCCUUCGUGCCGGAUCCGCACGCCGUAUACGCAAAGGACGUCCUCGAUAUUGAGCAGUUCUCCACUGUGAAGGGCGUGAACUUGGACGCCGGCGACGACACGUUUUACGGCAAAUUCAACACGGGAUCCGUCUCAAUACCCUGGCAGAGCGAAAUGAUUGAGACUGGCUGUUUCACAGAGUUGAACGUUUUUGCUACCGAUGAAAACGGAAUAGAGGGUCGCAGCGCAGACCUCCAACUAGACGCGACACUGGAAACUGUGCAAGAUGACAAGGGGUGCUUUGUGUUCGCCAGAAAGGUGCUUUGUCCUCAAAAGAAAGUCCCGCCGCGACUGAGGCCCGUGCCAAUACCGGAGCACCUGCUACAGCCCUCCUCUCCUCCGCCGCAGAGCUGA